AUGGUCACUUGUAGCGGAGAUUAUGUUCAUUGGAUAGCUAAAGUGUUUGGCGAGUGUGUUGUAACAACACGUGAUAAAUUAUCCUUCUUUUUCGGAAUUACUUCCACAUUAAUUUGGAUGUGGGCUCAGUUACCACAAAUUUAUAUUAACUUCAAAAACCGUCGUGCUGAUGGACUUUCUCCAUACUUCUUACUGUUUUUAAUCUUAGGAGACGUUUCAAAUCUGACAGGAUGCCUUUUAACAAACGGUUUAGUAACACAAGUUAUUACUUCAACAUUCUUUUGCUGCGUUGAUGGGUUCUGCAUGCUCCAAUAUAUCUAUUUCGAAUGGAUACAUCCAAAACUCUGCGGAAGAGACAACGAAUCUAUAUUAAAUUCCGAAACAACAAUUGAUGAUAGCUAUGCUCCAAUUAUUGCUGCUUCUGGAGCCGUUGUUGCCCUUGCUUCGUCAUAUCCAGAUCCUUAUUCAAAAGAUUACAUCAAAGGAAUAUUAAUCGGCUGGAUUUCCGGCAUCGUUUACUCUUCUUCACGUAUCUGCCAGAUAUUUAAGAACUACCAACGUAAAGAAACCGAAGGAUUGUCAAUACAAUUUUUCAUUUCAGCUUGGCUUGGAAACGGAACUUACGCUGUAUCUAUUUUCCUCAAAGAUUCACAUUGGGGUUACAUUUGGAUGCAGUUCCCGUGGCUAGUUGGCAGUAUGGGCCCAAUGAUUUUAGAUUUCAUUGUUUUAAUGCAGUUCAUGCGUUAUAAGAAGGAACCUGAAGAUUACGAAUCAUUAAAAUAA